AUGGCGCGGGGAGGCGCAUCGAGUCCUGGCGACCCUCAGCAGGGGGUGUCCACGGGGAAGGACUGCUUUAUGGGACGUUUACAUCUCAACAAGAAGGCAACAGACAAACAGCCAUAUAGCAAACUCCCUGGUAUUACACUUUUGAAACCAUUAAAAGGUGUGGAUCCUAAUUUAAUCAACAACUUAGAAACAUUCUUUGAAUUGGAUUAUCCUAAAUAUGAAGUGCUCCUUUGUGUACAAGAUCAUGAUGAUCCAGCCAUUGAUGUAUGUAAAAAACUUCUUGGCAAAUAUCCAAAUGUGGAUGCUAGGCUAUUUAUAGGUGGAAAGAAGGUUGGGAUUAAUCCCAAAAUUAAUAAUUUAAUGCCAGGAUAUGAAGUUGCAAAAUAUGACCUUAUAUGGAUUUGUGAUAGUGGAAUCAAAGUAAUUCCAGAUACACUUACCGACAUGGUUAAUCAAAUGACAGAAAAAGUAGGCUUGGUUCAUGGAUUGCCCUAUGUUGCAGACAGACAGGGUUUUGCUGCUACAUUAGAACAGGUAUAUUUUGGAACUUCACAUCCAAGGUCCUAUAUCUCGGCUCAUGUUACUGGGUUCAAAUGUGUGACGGGAAUGUCAUGUUUGAUGAGGAAGGAUGUAUUAGAUCAAGCUGGAGGGCUUAUUGCUUUUGCCCAGUACAUUGCUGAAGAUUAUUUUAUGGCAAAAGCAAUAGCUGACCGAGGUUGGAGAUUUGCAAUGGCCACUCAAGUUGCAAUGCAGAAUUCUGGGUCCUAUUCAAUUUCUCAGUUUCAGUCCAGAAUGAUCAGGUGGACCAAGUUACGGAUUAAUAUGCUUCCUGCAACAAUUAUUUGUGAACCAAUUUCUGAAUGCUUUGUGGCCAGUUUAAUUAUUGGAUGGGCAGCUCACCAUGUAUUUCGAUGGGAUAUCAUGGUAUUUUUCAUGUGUCAUUGCCUGGCCUGGUUUAUAUUUGACUAUAUUCAACUCAGGGGUGUUCAGGGUGGCGCUCUGUGUUUUUCCAAACUUGAUUAUGCAGUAGCUUGGUUCAUCCGAGAAUCCAUGACAAUAUAUAUUUUCUUAUCGGCAUUGUGGGACCCUACUAUAAGCUGGCGAACAGGACGCUACAGAUUACGCUGUGGAGGCACGGCAGAGGAAAUCCUUGACGUAUAACCACAGCUUUGUGACUGUAUUUAAAAAAAUAAAAAGAAAAAAAGAGAGAGAAGUAUUAUAAAUUAUGUUUAUAUAAAUGCUUUAAAAAUCUACCUUCAAUAGUUUUAUUACUUAUAUGUUUUGGUAUCUGUUCUUUAAUUUAUUUUGCAUGGCACUUGCAUCUGUGAAAAAGAAAAAAAUACAUGUGUCAUCUUGGCCAACUGGUACCUUGUUUUGUACAAAUAAAGAAUCAAGAAAAUUGGUUCCAGGACGCUUAAAAAAAGAAAGGAUCAUAUAAUUGCUCUGCAGCAAACACUAUGACAGUAUCCUUCAGUAGAGAAAGUUUCAUAUUUGGCAGUAGUCUAGUCUGGUAAAUGUAUGGAAUGAAGUCAUCUUUGGCUCACUGGCUUACAAAGGACUAGAUGGUCAUUUUAUGCCUAUAUGGAGUGUCUGAUAUCAUUUUGCAAUAGUUCACAGUGAGGGACUAGUGGAGAAACUUUUUCAUGCUUUAUGACUACCUCUUGUAGUUGCUGCAGAGCAAAUAUAUAUAUAUAUAUAUAUAUUGUAUUAGGUAACUAAGCCUUGCAAAAACAAACAAAAAACUUGUAAA